AUGUCCUUGUCAUUGGAGGAUGCUUCAGAAUCUUGCUGGGAUGAGAAAUCAGAUGGACAGAGAGACACCACACCAGAACUAUUAAUGGACCAUCCAGAUGGCCAUUUGGCACCAGAAGACUCUCCGCCCCCUCCUUGCCCUGACUGUGGUCGGACAUUCCAAACCCUUCGGGCCCACAACCUGCAUCGGCGUAACCACUCUGCUGAUCUCUCCUACACUUGCAAAGACUGCGACACAGCCCGUGCUGGCGCUACAGAAGGCAGCGAAAAGCCCUAUGCCUGCUCUCAUUGUGGACGUCGUUUCUGCUGGUUACUAGCCCUGCACAGCCACCACGAACAGCAACACACAGGACAGCGUGGCUACCAAUGUUCGCAGUGUGGCAAACAGCUGCCCAGCCAGCCAGCAUUCCGUAGACACCAGCAAUCUCACCGCAAAGACAGGACAUGCAUCUUCUGUGGCAAAGCUUUCAACUGCUCGGCAAAACUAACACGGCAUAUGCGUAUUCACACGGGGGAGCGACCCUAUCAGUGUCCAGAUUGCCCUCAGGCAUUUACGCAGCUUGAGACCCUUCGUGUCCACCAGUGGACUCACGAGGAUCCCAAACCCUACCAGUGCAAGGACUGCGGGCGAAGGUUUCGGGCCCAAUGCACUUUUGAGAAACACAGGAAGUUGCACAUUUCACGGAAACCGCACACUUGUCCUGUGUGCUGCAAAACCUUUUUCUUCUCUUCUCGCUAUAAGCGACACCUGCGUGUUCAUACAGGUGAAAAACCCUUUCAGUGCCAGCAAUGUGGAAAGCGCUUUAACCAACGGUCUAAUUAUCAGCGACACUGGGCUAUUCAUGUAGGCAAGAGGCCUUUUCCUUGUGACUUGUGCGAAAAGAGUUUCAGCCAGGCCUCAAAUUACCGGCGGCAUCUGAGAACUCACCGCAAGGAGGCAGAUAGGUGGGAGGAAAAGGGGGACUUUAAAUGUAUCGAGUGUGGGGUUCACUUCCAGCAUGAAGGUGGGCUGCAUGAGCACUACAUACAACAUGCCAGAGGGGAGGUGUGA